CCCGCCCUCCCGCCGCUGCGCUGGGAACCGGGAUCAGCGCGUCCGGGGCGGCUGGCGGCGCGGCCGGCGGGCGAGCGGGCACGCCAGGCUGGGGGCGAUUGCGAGGGGCCGCGCGCGGAGGGCUCCGGGCGCAGCAUGGGCGGCCCGCGGGCUUGGGCGCUGCUCUGCCUCGGGCUCCUGCUCCCGGGAGGGAGCGCCGCGUGGAGCGUCGGGGGAGCUCCGUUCUCUGCGCGCAGGAACUGGUGCCCCUACGUGGUGACCCGCGCCGUGUCAUGCCACGUGCAGAAUGGCACCUACCUGCAGAGGGUGCUGCAGAACUGCCCCUGGCCCAUGAGCUGCCCUGGGAACAGCUACAGGACGGUGGUGAGACCCACGUACAAGGUGAUGUACAAGAUGGUGACGGCCCGCGAGUGGAGGUGCUGCCCCGGGCACUCGGGGCCGAGCUGCGAGGAAGUUGCAGGCUCCUCUGGCUUCGUGGAGCCCGGGUGGUCGGGCAGCGCCACGCGGCGGAUGGCACUUCAGCGCACAGGCUUCUCAGGUUGUCUCAACUGCAGCAAAGUGUCGGAGCUGACGGAGCGGCUGAAGGUGCUGGAGGCCAAGGUGGAGGUGCUGACUGUCACGGAGCGGGCAGUGCCCCCGACCCCAGCUGCCCCUGAGGACCCCGCCCCACUCUGGGGUUCCCCAGCUGUCCAGGGCAGCCCCGGGGAUGGAGGCCUCCGAGGGCUGCCGGGAACCAGAGAAAACCAGAGGCCCCCUCUGCUCCCUCGAGAUGAUCGAGUUGGUGCCCCGGGGCUUCCUGGGCCCGCUGGCCCCAAGGGAGACCCUGGCAGCCGGGGCCCGAUGGGGAUGAGAGGCCCACCAGGUCUGCAGGGCCCCCCAGGGAGCCCUGGCCAAGCGGGAGCUGUGGGCAUCCCCGGAGAGAGGGGACCUCCAGGGCCCCCAGGCCCUCCUGGCCCCCCUGGGCCCCCAGCCCCUGUUGGACCACCCUACACCCGGAUCUCCCAGCAUGGGGACCCGUUUCUGUCCAACACCUUCACUGAGACCAGCAGCCACUGGCCCCAGGGACCGGCUGGGCCCCCAGGCCCCCCAGGACCCAUGGGUCCUCCUGGACUUCCUGGUCCCAUGGGGAUUCCUGGGAGUCCUGGACAUAUGGGACCCCCAGGCCCCACUGGACCCAAAGGAACCUCCGGCCACCCUGGAGAGAAGGGCGAGAGAGGACUGCAAGGGGAGCCCGGCCCCCAAGGCUCCAUGGGGCAGCGGGGAGAACCUGGCCCCAAAGGAGACCCUGGUGAGAAGAGCCACUGGAUCUUUUUUCCUAAUCCAUUGGAAAGUAAGUUGCAGACCUCAUCUGCAUCUCCCCCAACACAUCAAUGUGUGUCUUGAAAGAGUAUGGACGUUCUCCCAAAGAGCCACAGUACCACAGUCACCCCUAAAAAAGUUGACAUUAAUUCAGCUACUUAGUAUACAGCUUACCUAUAAAGCAGAUGGCAACCCACUCCAGUACCCGUGCCUGGAGAAUCCCAUGGACAGAGGAGCCGGGUAGGCUACAGUCCAUGGGGUCGCAAAGAGUUGGACACGACUGAGCAACUUCACUUCACUACCUAUAAAUUUUACCAGUCACCUCCAAAAUGCAUUUUGUAGCUGGUUUAAAACAAACAAACAUACAAACAAACAAAACGAACCCAAGAUCAAAUCAAGAUUCGUGUAUUGCAUUUGGUUGUCAUGUCACUAGGUUCUUCUAAUCCAGAACAGGCCCCCUGCCCUUUUCUUCUUUCUCUUGAGGUUGUCUUUGUGAGACUGUCCCUCUGUCUAGACCGGCCUGACAGUUCCCUGUGAUGAGAUGCAGGUGAACCGCCCUCCACAGGUGCACCAGCUGGGGAGGUGGUGCCCUCUGACUGAAUCUCAUCAGGAGACGUGUGACGGCAGCUUGUCCCACUGUCCAUGCUCCAGAGGCUUACCGUGGUUUCUGAAGGUCAUCUACGUUUAGACGGGUGUUAAUACUUGAAGCGGAGUCACUGUGACCCGGUGACCCCCAGGCUCCACGGCCAGUCAGUGGAGAACAGUCCCAUCCCAUCCUGUGAUGUGGACAGGACAGCCAGGUCAUAAGGGCCGGUCCUAGCAUGGCCAUGGGCUCGCUCAGAGCGGCCACGUUGCGAGGACUCGUUAGAUGUUUUUUGUGGGAAGAGCUACCUUGAAGGUAGCAAUUGUCCCAAGAUGCAUAUUGUACCCCAUCCCUUCAUUUAAUCUGCAGUAAGUAAAGGACUCAGAAGAGACUCCGAGAUGUGUCAGGGCUGGAAUAGUUCUUGCCGUCCUGGUGCUUGGUCAGAAUUAAGAUCUCUACAUCCCGGAAGUACCUUUAGUCUGGACUAGGAAAGAGGAAGGAAGGAGUAAGGGUGUGUGGAGUUUUGACAAGACCAUGGGCCUUAUGCUAGGGGGAGGAAAGGACAGAUGGACAGACCCUGGGAAGAAGGGAAGGUGAAGGCCAGCUGGCGGUCCCUGACCAGAGCCCUGGGCAGCGUCAGCACCACUUGAGACAGGAGACCCCAGAGCAGGGA